AUGACCGCCAUUGUCACUGGCGGUUACUAUGGCAACACAAAGUGGGAUGACCUUCCCAGUGACCUGAUAAUGAGAAUCGACAGAGAAUUCAGACAACCCAGGGUUCUGGCGAGGGAUCCAAAGUCUUACAAGGAACAGUACAUCAGUAUACCUGUCAAUGGUCCAUAUAAGUUCAACAUUGUCAAGUCCAUCAAAGAGAAAAGCCAGGACCAAACAAUGGCAGAAAUUUUGGAACAAAACACGCUGCCCAUUCUUGUUCAAUUCUCUGAAAGAGGUAAAGUUCCAAAGGAGGGAUUGGCUAGUGAUACAGGAAUGCUGAUCAGCUUCCUGAUAGAGUAUCGAUAUGAGGAGAUUUACCUUCAGGGAAACUUCUACAAUCAUGGAGUCAUUACCAAGGAGACAGCGUCUGUCAUACUCUGCCCAAUCAUCACCAUGGCACCUAUUCACGGACUGAUGGACAAAACAGAGGAAGAAUUUAACCUAUACUUACAGCGAAUGAGUGACUACGUUCACAAAAAAAGUCAAUUCUCCGAGGACACAUGUGAUCUAGGUGUAAAAGUCUUCGAGGCCUCCGAUCCAGAGAUUUCUAAUAUUAUCCCAAAAAAACCUGACAUCGACACAGGACCAGCACCAGCUCUACCAAAACGGAAAGCACUUAAUGAUGCAAGACUGCAGAAUGGAAAACCGAGCCUUAAUAAGACCAACUCUGCAGACCACAAGAAAGAAAAAAACUUAAAGAAAAUAAAACCUAUUGAAGCACUCUCGGAUUCUAACCUUAAAUCUGCAAACUCCAAGGAGGUACCAGGUACCACCCAGGUUCCAGUAGAGUGUAGCUCGGAUGAUGAAAUCUAUGGCGGAGACUACGAAGAGAUCACGGAAGAGAAGAAACCAGAAAUUUCAAACGCUGUUCUUACGAAAAAAACGGGAUAUGUAAAUGAUGUUCUCUGUCAGGUUCGACCAUUCUCAGAACCAGGGACAGAAGAACCCGGGGCCGAAGACUCGGACGACGAGAAUAAUGAAUACGAAGAAAUUAAAGAAAUUUAUUCUAAACCACGGAUGAAGGACAAAGAAAUCGUCUCAAAAAAUAUAGACAACCGAGAACAAAUGAAAGUAAUUGAAACUCCUACAACACAGCGAGAAUAUGAUUAUGCUAUUCCUCGAUCCAAUUGUUUUGUUUUACCACAAGAAGACUAUGGGGACAUGGAAUCUGACAAAGUUCCUGCAGAAGAAAAUAUUCAUACGCCCAGUGUUUCUAAACACGUGUCUGGAAAGAACAUAAAGGAACUUGGAGAAAUCCUUCUCAAACUAAAACUUGAUAAGUUUGUGGAACGAUUCUCAGAGGAUAUGAUAGAUGGUGAAAUUGUCCAAGAUCUUACGGUGGCGGAUCUUAAGGAGGAUUACAGCUUUACAAAGACAGAGGCCAUUAGAUUAAGGAAAUUUAUCGAACAGGGCCACAUUCCAACGUGAACAUGUCUCUUACAAAUGAUUUUUACCGAGCUUUAUAAAUUGGACAAACGUUUUCGUUGUGAUAUUUGUCAAAAUAUUCCUCUUACUGUUUGUUUGACCCCGAACUAAAGCAUUAUUUGAAUUUUAAUAAUAAUUUAAAGUAAUAUUUACCUCUGGGCAGAGGAAGAAUAGGUUAUACACUUAAUGAAAUGUAGGAAAUGACAGAAAUGAUGCUAGAAAUAUUUUCCCAAGUUUUGUAUCAUGUCCACUAAAAUAUAGGUAGCUGGUAUAUCGAAGGUUAUUCUAAUUUUGUUUCCUGUUUAAUAUCCUUCUCGAGAAUUUUUCUUUAUAAUGGAGACGCCACAACUUGCCAGUAGAAAGCUACGAAUUUUGUCCUACACUCGGCACACAUGGCCAGUGAGCAGAGAGGGAUCUUUGUCGUGCUAACAAGCACUGCGACACGGAAGGUCGGGCUAUAUGGUCUCAUCCCCAGGACCAGUCUCCACGUCCCACAGUGCCAAUGGAACCCUCGACAUAAGGAUCAACUCAUUACACAACGACUCUAGGGCAGACUCUCAUGCCACUGCACCACGUACCACGAAAUCAAGUAUGCGCUCUAGUUAGCAUUAUACAUUAUAUAUGUUUGUUUAAUUGAACCACAUUUUCACUUUGUCUGGUAUUUAUAAAUUUUAUUAAAUUGACAAAAUAAAUAAUCGAUUGAUAUU